AUGGCUGUGAUUCACCUGCUCGCAUCGCCCUGGACGUUGGCACUGGCACCCGUCGCACUGGUGCUGUACUACCUCGUUCCCUACUUCUUCACCUUUGGCAAACUUCGGGGCAUCCCCGCUCCGUUCCCGGCUCAAUUCUCCAACCUAUGGCUGCUCUCCGUGUGUCGGCGCGGCGGCAACCGUUAUGAGGUUGUGGAUGAGUUGCACAAGAAGCUUGGCACCGUGGUCCGCAUCCAGCCAAACCACGUCAGCAUUGCCGACGAUGCCGCCAUCCAGGCCAUUUACGGCCACGGCAACGGUUUCUUGAAGUCCGAGUUUUACGACGCCUUUGUCUCGAUCCGCCGUGGUCUCUUCAACACUAGAGACCGCGCCGAGCACACUCGCAAGCGCAAGAUUGUGUCUCACACCUUUGCUCCCAAGUCUAUUGGCCAGUUUGAGCCAUAUAUCCAUGGAAACUUGGAGACUUUUGUCAAGAAAUGGGAUGAGCUCGCCAAGCAGCAGCGCCGAUCUGAUGGUUACGCUCACAUUGAAUGUCUUUCUUGGUUCAAUUACGUGGCUUUUGAUACCAUUGGUGACCUUGCCUUUGGUGCGCCUUUUGGAAUGCUCGAGGCCGGAGCUGAUAUUGCCGAGAUUCGCUCUUCUCCUGAUGCACCUCCCUCGUACGCACCCGCCGUCGAGAUUCUCAACCGUCGCGGUGAAGUCUCAGCAGCCCUGGGAAUAUUGCCCGACUUGAAGCCCUACGCAGCAUGGAUCCCCGACCCCUUCUUCAGCCAGGGUGCCGAAGCAGUUCAGAACCUUGCCGGAAUCGCCAUUGCUCGUGUCAAGAACCGAUUGGAAAACCCGCCUCCGAUUGAACGCAAGGAUCUUUUGGCCCGUCUGCAGGAGGGCCGCGACGAGAAGGGCCAACCCCUCGGUAUCGAGGAGCUGACUGCCGAGGCCCUGACACAGCUCAUUGCCGGAUCGGAUACUACUAGCAACUCUUCCUGCGCCUUGCUCUUCCAUGUUGCCAGAACUCCCGGUGUCCUGCAAAAGCUGCAGGCCGAACUCGAUGCCGCCAUUCCCAACGAAGUCAAUGUGCCCUCUUACGAUAUGGUCCGAAACCUGCCCUAUAUGGAGCGGGUUAUCAAUGAGACCCUGCGCCACCACUCGACUUCCGGCAUUGGACUACCGCGUCAAAUUCCCUAUGACGGCAAGGGUGUACACCUGAAUGGCCACUACUUCCCGCCUGGCACCGUCCUGAGCGUCCCAACCUACACGAUUCACCAUUCCACGGAGAUCUGGGGUCCUGAUGCCAUGGAGUUCAACCCCGACAGAUGGGAGAACGUUACCGAUCGCCAGAAGAACGCCUUCAUUCCCUUCAGCUAUGGACCUCGUGCUUGUGUUGGCAGGAAUGUCGCCGAGAUGGAAAUGAAGAUGAUUGUGGCUACAUGGGCUCGCAGAUACGACGUCUACCUCAGACAGGACUACAUGGAUACUCGUGAGGGUUUCCUGAGAAAGCCCGUGGAAUUGAACAUUGGUAUCAAGAUUCGGGAUUCUCUGCAGUAA